AGAGAGAGAGAGAGAGACCAAGCAAGUGGCGCUGCAGCACUUAGGCAGAUUGGACAUCAUCACUGGAGGUGGGAGAACCCAAACGCGCUACCGCAGCACGCAGGAGCUGAAUGAUCACCAUGGCAACAACAGCAUCAGCAUCAGUACCAGAAGCAGCAGCAGCAGCAGCCGUGAGCCACUAAUGCCCGUGUCAACACUGAGACCUGCUCCGGCUCUCUACACACACUCUCUCCCUCUCAACUUAAUGACAUAGGAUCAAAGCGGGUGCGCGGAUCACGCCUUUAAGUCGUGCAGCAGCGUCGUCGCACAGGCAGGUGAUGGAAUAGAUGAUGUCAGACGUACAGGGCACUGUAGAGUUCUCGCUGGAGCUGCACAAGUUUCACAAUGUGGAUCUCUUCCAGAGAGGCUUCUAUCAGGUGAGGGCAGGGCUGCGUGUGUCUUCUCGGGUUCCCCACAGAAUCACUGCCACAACACCUGGACACACAGGCGAGUGCAGUUUCAGCAGUGCAGGGGUUCAUGAUGGUGGUGUCUUCAGCCGGAUCUUUCAGAUCUUGUACAGGAAUGAGGAGGUGACCCUGGAGGACCGUAUGAACUUCAGAGUGCACCUGCUGCUGGACGGGGAGAGGGUGGAGGAAGCUGUGAGUGAGGUGGAGGUCCAGCUCAAACUAGAUCUGCACUUCACUGACAAUGAACAGCAGUUGGCGGAUAUCUCUUCAGUGCCUCUGAUUAGCAGCAGGACUUUGGGUUUGCACUUCCAUCCACACCAAGGCCUACACCAUCACCUGCCCGUCAUGUUUGACUAUUUCCACCUGUCCGUCAUCUCCGCCUCGAUCCAUGCCUCCUUGGUGGCACUGCACCAACCACUGAUCAGUUUCGCGCGCAGUGGUAAGGGGGCGUGGCUCGGUAAAGGCUCUCCAGAGAGCGAAGCUCCGCCCUCUGUGAUGUCAGUGGAGAAUAUGUUUGGGGCGGGAUAUUGCAAACCUGUGCCAACAGAGGGCAGUUUUUACGUGCCGUCGGAGAACUGUCUGCAGAGAGCUUACACGUGGCACCGGCGCAUCUGUAAACUGUUGCUGGCGGCUCACAGAGCUCUGCGCUCCUAUUACACCGCACUAAUGAAGGAGAUCCCUCAACUGCAGCACAUAGAGAUGGAGGACCUUCCUCUUGAAGAAACAUUAAACCAGCUCACCACUGAACUGCAGUUGCAGAGCGGUCAUGAGAAGGUAGCAGAACAGAUCAGUAAAGAUCUGACUCAGCUCUGUGCUCAGCUGUCUGCUCUUUGGACACAGUUUUUGGAAGCCACGGUUCCUAAUCCACAUAUCCGCUCACAUCUGGCCCAGGAGCACCACACACUCAGGGUCAGGAGAUUUUCUGAAGCAUAUUUCUUCACUGAACAUCCCAAAGAGUCCUCACUCACAUUUCAGGAGGACCUUAUCAACAGACAUGCACAGGUGGCCACAGAGAUGCGCAACUCUGAUUACCUGCUCCGAAUGCCUCCACUUCCUGUGGAAUGCCUGGACAUCGAUGGAGACUGGAGCAGCCUGCCAAUCAUCUUUGAGGACAGAUACGUGGACACGCCCUGUUUAGACUACAACCUCCAUGUGGAAAAUCAGACUGUCUUAAACUCUCAGCCAUGUCCUGAGCCAACAGGGUUGAAAGAUCAAACCAUCAGUCCGGUUGAGGAAACACGGGACACCAAUUCACCAGCAGCACCCCCUGAUGAACCUCCCUGUGAAGAUUACAUGGACUUGCCCACAUACAUGGCCCUGAUUGGCCAGCAGGAGGACUGCAUCACUGACAAUAAAGAGACCGGAGCUCAAGCAGAGACUCUGAUUGGCCAUGUGGGAGAGACUGAUAUUUAUAGAAGCGAAUGUAUCACAACCUCAGAUUCAAGAACUGAUUCUGACGAUAAGGCCACAUGCCAGUGUGAAACUGAGGAAGGAUUCGAUGUUGACUGUAGGUCUGUAGACAGCGAUGAAGCAAUAGAUACAGGUAACCCUGAGAAAGCUAGUUGCCAAAAAGAAGCAGCUGACUUUGUUGAAUCUGAUCGUGCAGAUCUAAAACAAACAAAUGUUACCCAAAAUACCGAUUUUAAUACCGUACAGACUUUGCUGCUUGUUCCGACGGAUGCUGAAGAACCUCCCGACCUCACCAGCUUUGACAGCUUUGAGUUCUUGCCCACUCAUAACCAUGACAACCAUCUUGAAACACCAGGCAAUUCUGGGAGUCUUGGCAACGACGAGCCACAGUCAGUAUUAGAUAACAGAUACACUGAAGCACCUGCAAAGGAUUAUGGGAGCAAGGAUACAGCUAAUCUACUGAACACCAACUCACUGGGAACCGACACUUUAGCCAUGUCCCCUACUCGUAAUGUUCUACAACAGAUCCGUCGCUUGUCUGAAACCCCACCCAAGGGCAUAUUCUUGGGCGGGGCUAAACUAAUGAACCGCUCCUCCUCCUUAAUCUCAGAUUCUGGUAUUGAGAGCGAGCCAAGCUCUGUGGCCUGGACUCUGGAGGGUCGAGGAAUUGUCGGAGGGAGUCGUGACAUCUUGCAGAACUUGGCACGGCGUCAGCCGGCGCAUCAGAGCUCUUUGGAGGGCCUACAGAUGGAAAGUCACGGCAGCCUUCCCACGCAGGCCUCUCUGACCUCCAUAAGCUCCCUGCCUUAUGAAGAGGAGGAGGAGAGGCAGCUCAAUACUUUGACCAAAUCCGCCUCAGCACCACAGAUCAGCAGUCCUGACGACACAGAGGAAGAUCAUGAAACACCAGGAGAAGAUCAGGAGAAGUUCACGAGUCUCAUUGAUGAAACAGCCAAUAAGGUUAAACGGAAUAUUCAAGGCAAUUCUAGGGAGGACAGAGAGGAAACAACCAAUCAAAAGAAGGGGAAUAUUUGUUCGGCACAUCAGCUAAGGCAAAGUGAGGAAGCAGCCAAAGAAAUGAAGCAGAAACUUCAAUGGGUUACUAAAGAGGACAGAGGGGAAACAACCAAUCAGGAGAUAGACGUGGAUGAGUUGUCCAAUCAGGAAACAGCAGAUCUUGAAUUUGCUAAUCCAGUAAUGUUACUACACCAGCAAUUUGGGACGAUCAAUGGUGUUGAAAAUGCCACAGUGGAGGAACCAACGCAAAAUUCAGAGAAAUGUCAAGCAAACAUAUUACGUGAAGCCCAUUCUGGUCUAACUGAUGACACCACAGAGAUCUGUAGCUGUGAAAAUGAAUAUUGCGAACACAAGAGGGUCCUAGAAUCAAACAUAUAUCAAAAGGGCCCCGAUGGCAUCAGUGUCUGUCACAUUAAUUUGAAUGAAUUUGAAGUAGUAAGUAUGGAGAACCUUCCAGAUCCACCAAUCAAUGCCAAGAGCAGUUACAAAAUUGCUGCCAAUGAGAAAUACAUGCCUGCUGAUCUCAUCAUGCUUCCGGUCAAUGAGAGAGAACAGCAGGCACUAGAGGGGCAGAGCCGAGCCAGUAAAGUGCCAAGUACAGGUCUGGCAUUCGUGAAUAAAAAAGUGGUGGAGGUAGUCAACCUGUCGGUGUCAUGCGCUCCCACAUGUCUGCCCUUCUCGUCUGUGCUACGUGAUUCACCAUCGGUUAGCGGAAUCUCCACACGCCAGGCCACCUCCCCCAUUACCCAUCAACCCCUAGGCUCAUUUGGAAUAAUUUCCUCCAACUCCUCAUUCGGCACUGAUCAGGAAAUCAAUGAGAGAAUGAUUAACUUCUAUAAGGAAAAGGAAGCCAUGCUGAGGGAGCUGGUGUUUAGAGGCACUCUCUACAGUGACCUGCCUUACCUCGCCUCCGAUCAUCCAUACUUCCCUCCUGAGGAAGACGACACAGAGUUUGAGGAUGGGAUCCACCUCGUGGUGUGUGUCCAUGGACUUGAUGGAAAUAGCGCAGAUCUACGGUUGGUCAAGACGUUUAUUGAGCUCGGGCUGCCUGGAUCUAGACUGGAUUUCCUCAUGUCAGAACGCAACCAGACGGACACCUUUGCAGAUUUUGACACCAUGACUGACAGACUUCUGGACGAGAUAAUUCAGCACAUCCAGCUGUAUAACCUCACCAUCCAUCGAAUCAGUUUUAUCGGACACUCUUUGGGGAACGUCAUCAUCCGCUCUGUGCUGACCCGACCCAGAUUUCGCUGUUACCUCUGUAAACUGCACACCUUCCUGUCCCUGUCUGGACCCCACCUGGGAACACUGUAUAACAACAGCACGCUGGUCAGCACAGGUCUGUGGCUAAUGCAGAAACUGAAGAAGUCCGGUUCCCUACUGCAGCUCACAUUCAGGGACCACACUGACCUGCGACAGACCUUCCUCUACACACUCAGCAAGAAACCAGGUCUGCAGUUUUUCAGGAACGUGGUGUUGGUGGCCUCUCCACAGGACCGAUAUGUGCCCUUCCACUCGGCACGCAUUGAGAUGUGUCGGACGGCGCUUAAAGACAGAACCACAGGUCCAGUAUAUACAGAGAUGAUUAAUAACUUACUCCAGCCAUUGCUGAGUGCUCCAAAUUGUCGUUUGAUCAGGCAGAACGUGUUCCACGCAUUACCGAACACGGCCAACACGCUGAUCGGACGCGCGGCUCACAUCGCGGUGCUUGACUCUGAACUCUUCCUGGAGAAGUUCCUUCUAGUGGCCGGGCUCAACUACUUCAAAUAGCCAUGCUUUCCAGAUGACAUCAUGCCUUGAGUUGGGUGGGAGAGCCAAUCAGAUUACACGUACUGUCAGCCAAUCACAUUUUAUUUCAGAGUCAUAAUGAGCUCGAGAAUUUUUUUCAGUUCAGUCUUUGGAUGCAAAAUUUUACAGAAUCUGAAUUCAUACAGUAGAUAUAAAGUCUGUACAGAAAGAACAUUGUAUACUAAGCAACUAGAGGAAACUAACAGCUGGAGGCCUACACACGCCUUAACAAAGCUUUAUGACGUAGAAAUUUAACAACUAAAUAAUCCUAACUGGAGAGUUAAUUAUAUGAAUGUAAAUUUGGUGUGUACUGUAGCUGGUCUUGUAACAACUGCCUUGGUUCUUCAUUCCAUCAAGUCACCCAAUAUAUAUUUGCUGCGCCGGUCGUAACUUGAAGAGGUCAAUAUCACUGGCGUUUAUACUUGAGUAAAUUCAGUCAUUGGCGUUUGAGUUUUUCAUUACGUCUCUUUUUACUGAGUCAUUCUUUUAUAGUUUGUGUGUUUCGACUGUUAUGUUGUGAAGCUAAAGUAUCACUGUAAAAUAUGCCAAAUCCAUUGGGGUUUAUGUAUUGUGAUGGAAUACAUUCUGUCGGUUUCCCCUUAACCAUGUUCAUUAGGCGCACAGAGAACAUGUUCUGAAUGUAUUUACCAUUCCAGCCUUAACUAUCAAAAAAGUGAGUAUUUCUAAACAUCUUUGAUCCAUAAUUUUUACUGUUACGUUCAUUCAUUUUAAAUGGUUAGUUCACUAAAAUGAACAUUUACUCACCCAUUAUGUCGCUCCAAAGCUGUGUUCUUCUUUCUUCAAUGGAACACAAAGGAGUGUAGCUCCAAAGGUGACAAUAAUAUGAUCAAUCAUUAUAAAGCUGAUUUUAAAAUGAUACAUUCAUGUAAGACAUUUUUCAAAUUAAUUUGCUGCUGUUCAGCUGUUUAAAUGAGCAUCCAUAGUUGCCAUUCAGGAUAACUACAUAUACAGGAUUGGAUGGGCUCAAUUUAAUGCAAAAGAGGUUUUGCUAUCACAUUUACUAGAAAAUAUAUUUCCUUACAUUGUGCUUUUGUAAAAUACUCUUCUGAACAUUAAGGAGCCAUUUACACGACAACGUUUUGAGCCAAAAACAGGAAACUUUUUACGCAUUUUAGAGUUUACUAACGCUUCUUCAGCAAAGUGUGGAUUUACUUUAUCAAUAUUACAAUCAACAGCAGAGAUGCAUCAUAUACAACAUAUAAUCGUCACUUCCCUACAAGUACUGUUUACUCACAAGGUGACAGUGCCAACUACUGGCUUGGCAUACGUAAUACAGCAUUUUUAUCCAUUUUCGCAGAUAUGUGUAAACGCAAAUCGUUUUGAAAUGUUGUCAGGUAUACGUGAAACAUUUUAAAAAUGCAAGGUAAAAACUUUUCCAUAUUUUGAUUACAUUGUUGUCGUGUAAACGUAGCCUAAGUGGCCAUUUACACAACAAUGUUUUCAGCCAAAAUUGGGAAACUUUUUAUUCGGUUUGCCUGUUUGUUUACACAACAGCAGCGUUUCGGGGACUGAAAAUGCUAAUUUUUGAAAACGGGAUUCAAAGUUUCUUCUUUUUUUACUACAUCGUUGUCAUGUAAAAAUAACCUAAGAGAAUAUGUACAUGCUCUACUUGCAGUGUUUGCAGGGCGUCAAGGCGAUAUACUUGACUUUGCAAACAUUCAUGCAUUCAAAUAUAUAGUAGUUUCUUUUCUUACAUUUUUAGACUACAAAAGGAGCACAGAAAUUGAUUCCAUACAUAAGAAAAUAUAUUUGCAAGAAAAGGUUUUGAUAGUAUGGAAAGGUUUAAAGCAGAUCAAAUAUACAGAACUCCACUGAGGUGAAGUCAAAACCCUACAGUGGAACUACUGUUUAGAAGUUUGGGGUUGGUAAGAUGUUUUCAUGGUUAUUAAAGAAUACUUGUAUGCAUGCCAGGGCUUGCAUUCAUUUGACCAAAAUACAGUAAAACAGUAAUAUAGUGAAAUAUUAUUACAAUUUAAAUAAAUUAAAUUUCUAUUUUAAUAUAUUGUAAAAUUAAAAUUAUUAACAAAGAAAUGAUUGUACAGGUGCAUCUAAAAAAAAGUUACUUAAUUCCAAAAAGCAAACUUUCUUAUAUUCUUGAUUCAUUGCACACAAACUGAAAUAUUUUAAGAGUUUUUUUGUUUUCAUUCUGAUAGUUAUGACUUACAGUAUCUCAAAAAAUAAUUACAAAAAUUGAAUAUUUUCUUCAAUCCACUCCUUGUGAAGCUCUCCCAAGUUAUUGAAUCGGCUUUUCCUGACAAUCUUCCCAAGGCUGUGGUCAUCCCUGUUGCUUGUGCACCUUUUCCUACCACACUUUUUCCUUCCAGUCAACUUUCUAUGAAAAUAUUUUGAUACAGCACUCUGUGAACAGCCAGCCCUUUCAGCAAUGACCCUCUGUGGCUUACCCUCUUUUUUAUAUAUAUUUCAGUUUGUGUGCAAUGAAUAUAGAUUAUAAGAAAGUUUACUUUUUUUAAUUCAAUUACAAAACACUUGCUUUUCAGCACUGAUUCCCUUAUUUUAUGUUAUUUUUUAAUUAUUUUUAACAUAUUUAUUGCUUCAGUUAGGAAGUGUUCAUUGAACAUCAAGGGAAAUGUCCCACUGCUUAUGGUGAUUGCAGCCCUGUUGUGUUUGUUUUAUAUAUUUUAUAGUCUUUGUCAGUUAGCAAAUAGCCUGUUUUUUGUUUUUGUUUUUUGGUCCAUUUUACUUCUGUACUCCACUGGAGGAACUUAUUUAUUGUAUUGUAUCACACUGGACUGACCUUGAAUUGAUCUCUUUCCGGCCCCAGAACACUUAGUUUUCCCAUUAAGUUUGUCCUUCAGCUGUCUGCUCCUCGAGGGUGACAUCAACAUCUCACACCUCAGGUUUUCACCUCCUUCAGCAUCUUUAGCUCUUGUUUUCGUGUGAGUCCUGGGUCUCAUUAUGCCACUGUCAGCAGCAUGUGACUGGGUUUAGAUCAGCGCCGCCGUGUCAGCAGAGUUAGAAGAUACCCUUUCUGUCCCUGCUUAACAUUUAUGUACACGCUGACUGACGCUUGAUUAGUCAGUAAAUACACUGUCACUGUGAUUGCCACUCAUUUAACUCCGCCCCUCCAUACACAUAACCAUGUCACGUGAAUCUACUGUUUUUUCUACCGCUGAAGAAGCCUUCAGGCAUAAUGCUCCAUUACCCAUCAUGCUCUGCUGCACUGAGCUUGUUUGUUUGUUUGCUAGCUAAUUUGGGCUGAUGGCAGAGUUUGCUCACACAAGUCAAGCAUACUAAUUACGGAAACAGAGCUGAUCUGCAGUGUGAAUACUGACCAAGGGCAAAAGCAGGUGUCUAUGUGUGUAAAAUACUGUCACACAGAUGCUGUAAAAUCACCUAUUCAUCUCACAGGGGCGUUAAGAGAAUAUAUAUAUAU